UCUUGUGAACUCACCCAGAACCUCCACCUCUGACACCAUGGUCAACUCCUGCUGUGGCUCUGUCUGCUCUGAGGAGGGCUGUGGCCAAGGCUGCUGCCAGCCCAGCUGCUGUCAGCCCAGCUGUUGUGUGUCCAGCUGCUGCAGACCAUCUUGUUGCAUCUCCAGCUGCUGCCGCCCCUGCUGUAGCAGUUCCAGCUGUUGUGGAUCCAGCUGCUGCCGUCCCAGCUGCUGCAUUUCUAGCUGCUGCAGGCCUUCCUGCUGCAGGCCCAGCUGCUGUGUGUCCAGCUGCUGCAGACCAUCUUGCUGCAUCUCCAGCUGCUGCCGCCCCUGCUGUGGCAGUUCCAGCUGUUGUGGAUCUAGCUGCUGCCGUCCCAGCUGCUGCAUUUCUAGCUGCUGCAGGCCCAGCUGCUGUGUGUCCAGCUGCUGCAGACCAUCUUGCUGCAUCUCCAGCUGCUGCCGCCCUUGCUGUGGCAGUUCCAGCUGUUGUGGAUCCAGCUGCUGCCGCCCCAGCUGCUGCAUUUCUAGCUGCUGCCGCCCCAGCUGCUGUGUGUCCAGCUGCUGCAGGCCUCAGUGCUGCAUCUCCAGCUGCUGCCGCCCCACCUGUUGCCAGACCUCCUGCUGCCGCCCAGCAUGCUCUAGCAGUUCUUGCUGCUGAGCGCUCUCACACAUAUUCUCCUGUUCUCCACCACCCAGCAUUCCUGAUGUGGCCCACCUGUGUGAGCUGAGUUCCGAGAGGCCCAGCGUAAAGCCUCUGAUACAAUUGAGAUUAACUGGGACAACAAAUAUAUUGCUCCACUCCUGCUUGUCUCUGUCUGAAUGAACAUACAUUCGCGCUUUCUUUGAACUCUUCAAACUCUUGCAUUAAUUUGUCUUUGCUAUACUUUAAAAAAAAUCAAGUU